AUGGACCCUGAGCCAGAUCCAACGUCUAUCACCGUCGCGAGAGAGGCGACAGAAGUGACCGACGCCGACCAGCCAUUGCGGAGGUCACGAAAACUAGCCACCAAAAUUCGGCUGAACAAGAACUACCAAGAAAUUAACGGAUAUGCGAUCAGUCGAGCGACCGAGACCGCCGCGAGCGGCAGGCGGAUGACUGCGACGCGAGCCACACCGGCGGCCAAAGAACCAAGCAAAACCACCCAAGAGGACGUAAAUAUACAAUGUUAG